GAUGCAUGAAACGAUCUCUUCCUUAGCUUGUUCAGUGGAGCAGUGUAUACUGAUGCAGGGGCGGAUCUAGGGGGGUUCAUUGAACCCACAGAUUUUUUUGGAAAAAAUUUAUAAGUUUUAAUUUUUUUUUUUAAAAAAAAAAAGAAAAAGGGUUAAUACAAAUUUCUGUGAGAAUAAUAAUCACAUGGGUAAGUUUGGUGCAUUGGUAAGGCUUUGAAUAAUAGAGCAGCGUGCCCUUUUAAUGUCUUAGGUCUUAGUUUCGACUCCUAUUGCCCUCUUUUUUUGUACUUUUUUUUUAUAUUUUUUUUUCUUUUACUCCUUACAUUCAAAUUUCAGAUUUCAGAAAUCAAACAUCGACAUUUCUUAUUUUCCCCAAAUUCCCAAACACCAAAACCCUAACCUUGACACCCUAUGACCCUAGCCAGUAGCCACUAGCCGUCGCGGCACCGCACACCGAGACACCAACCGGCGACCGGGAGCACUGACGACCUCACGGAGUGACGGAGACACGGACGAGGGACGACUGUUCUGAAUUCAGACUUCAGAGUUCUUCUACAAUUGACUGAGAAAUUGUUUGACAAAAAGGAGAAUGGUCUUGUAAAAUUGUUGUUAGCCAAUAUUUGAGCUUGGCAUUAUUAGAUUUGGAGCCGUAAUACAAGGAAUUGAGAUUUUCUAUAUUAGAAUUUCACCAGAGAUUUUUUAGUGAUUGCUUAAAUAUAUUAUCUGUUGGCUCUAUUUUUCAUUUGGAAUUUUUAUGGUAGUUGUGAGAAGAAACAUUACGCGAAGUCAUCUUGAUUUGACUCAUUUAUUUGAGGCUAAAGGUUGUACAUCAACUAAUUUGGUGGUAAGAAAAAUGACUCCUUUUUUGGGAGCUAUAUACACCAUUGUCUUAGUUGCUCUAUUCACUUUUUCACCUUUAAAAUGCAUAUUUAAGUGUUUGGAUAUAAAAUAUUUAAUCCUAAAGUUUAUAUUAUGUUGAUAUAAAAUAAAUAAAUAAACAUUAAAACAAAUUUAAAGGUAUUCUAUAUGAAAAUAUAUAAUUUCCUUUAACUAUAAAACAUGGUCAAAAUUAAUAAACAUUGACUUUGAAAAGUCAAAUGAAACAACUAUAGAAGAACACAAGACUACAAGAGGAUCUUUAUUAAAACUCAUAGAGCUGAGGUGUGACCCCCAAUAAUUAUCUUAAGAAUUAUUAGAUGUACUAAUGAAUAUAUUGCCUUUAAUAUAUAUUGAUAUAUAAAACUUUAUGUUUCCAUAGUUAGUUAGAUAUCUAUAAUCUUACUAGAGCUGAGGUUAAGGUUUAAAUCUUGACCUUCCAUUCCUUUUGGUCCAAGAUCUGCUAUUGAGAAUGAGAUUAUUUUAUACGUUGAUGAGAUGGACCACUCCUUCUCAAGUUCUCAACAAACCAAGUGAAUGAGAUUAUUUUAUACCUUAGAUUAGUUGGGUGCAUGGUGUACCAGGUUUAUAUAAUUAAUAAAAUUCUCGUAUUGAUAUUAUACCUAGAAUGUAUAGCUUUUUGACAAAAAUCCUAACAUGGAUGGAAUACCAUGCAGAUUAGAGGUGUCUCGGUCUUUAUAUGUAAGUAUAGUACAUCGUAUAUGACGUUAAAAUUUACAAAUAAUAUCUUGUUAAACUCGUAAAUUACAUAUUUUUCUCGCGUCAUAGAUAUAUUUAUGUGCAAUUGUUGAUUUUCUUGAUUUUAAUCUUAAUAUAUAUCAUUAUGUAAUAGAUAGAAUAUAAUUUGUUUAUUCUUAAAGUGUCUGACCCGGCCCGCAAAUACGUACGGACAAAAAAAUCGUGAAGGUUGAAAUACAGUCAGGGUCCUUUUCCUUACCUUUAAAAAUAAAUAGAUAGAAUUUGUAAAAAAUAAUCAAUUAGUAAUAGACAUAAUACUUGGUUAUUUAAUGAUAUUUAACUUGAAGAUAUUUAACUUAAUUAUCUUAUCCUCGUGUCCUACGAUCUAUAGAAUUAUAUCAAAAUUCAUCAAAAAUCUAUCUUCACGUUGCAUGCUUGAUCAAAUUAAAGGUCAACCACCUAAUAUAAAAGUCAAUUGAGGAAGAAUUAUAAGGGUAAAUCUUGAUUAUAGCAAUCAUUAUUUACAUCAAAGUUUUUUAAUUCAUCAACAACGUAACUUUCUUUCUCUAAAUCUCUAACACUACAGCUUUAAUUUCCUUCUCUAAUCUCCAAUAUUCCAAUGGAGAAAAAACCUGGAGAAUCGUUCGAUAACCUUCCACCCGGCUACAGAUUUGAACCCUAUACAAAAGAACUAAUUAAUCAUUAUCUCAAACCCAAGAUCAAUGGCUUUGAUUUGCCCAUGAAUCCCAUACAUGAAAUUGAUCAUAUCAAUGUCUACGGCGGUCCUGAAGAUCUCACUGCCAAAUUCAAACCACAAGGGAAUGGAAAGAAUAAAAAGUGGUAUUUUUUCACAUCAAGAAACAGAAAAUAUAAGAAUGGGAAGCGUCCCGAUCGAACUGCCGGAGACGGGUAUUGGAAGGCUACGGGAAUAGACAAACCAGUCAAGGAUGAUGAUGGUACAUUGAUCGGACACCAAAGAGCUUUGGUGUAUUUCAAAAUAAACCCUAAUAAAAAGAAUAAGGACGACAAGGAUGAGAAGACGCAAUGGCAUAUGCUAGAGUUACGAGUCCGUGAUGAUGAACCCAAAGUAACACCUAAGAGGAAAAGAGAUCAUCAAGAUUGUACGAGUAUGGUGUUGGAUUACGUGAUAUAUAGAAUCCAUCACAAAGAAGUAGCCAAAAAAGAAAAAAAAGCUGUACAAGUUGCAGAAAAUGAAGAAGCAGAAAUACCUAAUACGGAGGCAAACGUUAAUAAUCACGAACAAGAAAUUAACAAUGAGGGAGCCCCAGUUCCUCAUUAUGAUCCAUCCAUUAACAACUACUUAUUAGAUGAUCCAUCCGUUAACAACAACUACUACAACACCAAUAGUAGUUCCAACACCUUCUUUGACACCAACAGCAAUUACCAAUUUUUAGGUUAUGAUUAUGAGUUGGUUAAUAACAACAACCUCAUCGAUGGCUCGAACAUUCAGUGUGACUCCAUCUAUGGUGGUCUUCAGGACCUCGUGCCGGGCUUGAACCUUCCGUGUAACUCCAUCUAUGGUGAUUUCCAGGACCUUGGAUCGGACUCGUACCUCCAGUGUAACUCCAUCUAUGGUGGUGUUCAGGACCUCAUGCCGAGCUCAAACCUUCCGUGUAACUCUAUCUAUGGUGGCCUUCCGGACCUCAUGCCGGACUCGAACCUUCAGUGUAACUCCAUCUACGGUGUUGUUCAAGACCUCGUGCCGGACUCAAACCUUCCGUGUAACUCCAUCUAUGGUGGUCUCGUCCCAGACUCUAGUUCAGUGUAACUCCAUCUACGGUGUUGUUCAAGACCUCGUGCCGGACUCAAACCUUCCGUGUAACUCCAUCUAUGGUGGUCUCGUCCCAGACUCUAGUUCAGUGUAACUCCAUCUAUGGUGGCCCGAUUAUUUUAAGAUUCUAUCGGAUAUAUUUUAGGGCUAAAAUAGGAUAUUUUAAAAUUAUUUUAUGAGUUUUUAUUUUUAUUAUCUAGGAUUCUAUUUUUUCUAUCCUAUACAAAUUAUAUUUAUUUGCAGUUUCGUUAAUAACUUUCAUCCCUUUUGCCGUUUUGUUCCUCUGCGUUGGAACAAGCAGACCUUAAGCUUUAUCAUCAAGCAAGCAAUAUUCUCUUAA